UGCGCGCUGACGAAAAAAAAAAGAAAUAAGGAAGUUGAGGUAGUUUUUAAUAAGCGUAAAUAAUACAGAUGUGUCACCGCUGAGAGCAGUCCGAGCUACAUGGAAACAUUUAUGCUGUUUAUACAUACCUCUAAUAACGCUUCCAUGCCAUAAAUGGCAACCAGAAGCAACAUGCUGUCUGCUGGAAUAUCCAACAACAAGGUCAAAUACUCACGGCUGGCUGCUGAUGACGACGGUUACAUAGACUUACAGUUCAAGAAAACCCCUCCAAAGGUCCCCUAUAAGGCGAUUGCACUGGCAGUAUUCCUGUUUCUGGUAGGCUCUUUACUGAUCAUCUUUGGAGCCCUUCUUUUAUCAGGAACCAUAAAGGUUGAGCAUCCUGACCGCACUAUUCCUGUCAUCAUCAUAGGGAUACUUGUUUUUCUUCCGGGAUUUUACCAUUUGAGGAUCGCCUACUAUGCUGCAAAGGGUUACCGGGGUUACUCCUAUGAUGACAUCCCAGACUUUGGUGACUGAGUCUCACCGCUCCUUUUGCCUCACUGUGUAUCCUGGUGCCUGCUGUUUUCUGACUGAAUGUGUGUAACAAAAGGCAACACCUCAUAAUUCUAGGAUGGAUACCUGUGUUUGUCUGUGUGGGUGGGGGGUUACUGAUGUUUUUUUUUUUGGUUUUUUUCCCCGUAAUAUGUGGCUUGUGUGUUCUCAUCUCUGCCAAAGCUUGACAGAAGUUAGACUUUAUAUGCAGCUUUAUUAACAGUAAAACACUCAAUGACUUGUGGAUAUCAGACCAUCUGCUUACCUGAAACAGCCAUCAAUAUUUCACUGCUACAAAACUCACUACAUAUUUAAGAAAUGAUUAAUGAGUGGAGUUUUCACAGAUGCCUUUGAUUUACUACUUCUAAAGUUCAUGACCGGGAAUCGGUGUGUUUUUUUUUGUUUUUUUUUGCACAGUACUUUAAUGAUGUCUAGAUAUCUUAAACAAAUAGAUAUCUUGUAUUUUAAAUUUGUGACUUUAUGAUAUGUUACAUCAUAAAAGAUGGUGGGAACUUCUUCUAAAGAUUGUACUUGAAGUUCUAUCAAGAUUUAUCAUUCUAAUCAUGUAAAGUAUAUUUUUGAACAAAAAUGUAUUACUUUCCUUGUAAAGUAUUGCCUUUUGUGUAUAUUCACUUAGUUUUGAAUAUUUACUAAAAUGUUAUUUUCCAUGUGCCUGCUUGAGCUAAAAAAGUAAU